AUGGCCGUGGGCCCUCGAGCAUCCAAGGAAGAAUUCAUGCAAGCCCUAGGAUUGAACUCUCAUGAUCCGCAGCACGAGCAAUACUACCGUGCAAUGAGGGACGAAGCAAUCCUAACCUACAACCACCUGAACGAAGACCGGUCCAACCUCCUGGACAGUGUCGCCGCCGACCCAGCCACGAAGCCUCCCUACUUUUGGCACCACAUUCGUCCUGAGCGACAAAGGUGGGGUAUUCUUGAGAUCGCCCGCAACGCAGGCCCAUUGACUCGGCCGCUGUUCGCCCGAAGCGAUGCCCCUAGCGGUACUGGUGGAGGCGAGUAUGGACCCAACUGGGUGGCUGGAUGGUUGCUGUACAGCGUGUUUCGAUCGCGGGAUGUACGAAAUAACCGGAAUCGCAGACGUGGGGAGGAUAGAGAUCAUCUAGGCCGCUCAAGGUCGCCACAGAGACCAAUGCAACCCCAGACACAGACAAACAGCGGUGUCGCGGGCAAGAAGGAAUAUUAUGAUCCAGUGCGGAACGGGUGA